AAAAUAAUCACUUGAUAGAACAGUCGAUGUUGACAGAAAAAUGUGAGGUUAUUAUCACAGAAAGUUGAAGAACAAAAUAUUAGAAAAUAUAAACAUUAGAAGCGUCAAAUGGCUUCGUUUCUAUUUUAUAUUUAUUUUUAUCUAUUUUCAACUGUUUUAUGGACUUCAUCCUUCGGCAAGAUAUCUGAUGUUGGGAUAUCUUUACAAGAAGAUUCUGAUGAAGACAUAACAGAAGAUAGUGAUCCUGGGGAGCCACCACCUAAUGAUCUAGAAGAAUUGCAGAAACGUAUUAUCGAUAAAAAUAUUCCAGGUGGAAAGAGAUUCCGUUGUCACACUUGCGAGGCACCUAACUGUAACAAUCCGUCAGUGUGUCUGGAUGCCAUUCAGUGUUGGAAAUCUAGGGUCAGAGAUCUAAAUGGUUUGGAAACUAUAUCCAGAGGCUGCACAAAAGAAUCUGACCAGCUAGCAUUCUUUUGCCACCCUCCCUCAUACUCUGUCAAGGAAAAACGUCAAGCACGCGGCCAGUAUCUGGUAGAUUGUUGCACAAGCGACCUCUGCAACGAUGGGGACUUUCCCGUCCUUCCUGCCAUGUAUGUGGAAAACGUCAAUAAUGCCGACCCCUUCCACUAUAUUUUAAAACUGAUAGGGGCAGUUCUCCUGCCGAUUGCCAUUCUGAUAUUGUGCAUCAUGUUCGUGCUCUUUAUCAUGAAGCGAAAACACAGAAGAGAAUUGUGUAACGAGAGCCGAUACGAUCCGGAAUCAUAUUAUGCGUCAGAUGAUCUUUUGAGGGCCACCGCUGCCGGAGACAGUACCCUCAGGGAGUACCUGGAGCAUUCCAUGACUUCGGGAAGUGGAUCCGGACUGCCCCUUCUGAUACAGAGAACGUUGGCGAAACAGAUCUCGUUGGCGGAAUGCAUCGGUAAAGGUCGUUACGGUGAAGUUUGGAGAGGAAUCUGGUACGGUGAAAAUAUAGCGGUUAAAAUAUUUUUCUCCAGAGAUGAGGCCAGUUGGGCGAGGGAGACCGAGAUCUAUAGCACGGUGUUACUGCGUCACGAAAAUAUACUCGGAUACAUUGGUUCAGAUAUGACUUCUCGAAGCUCCUGCACCCAACUUUGGCUAAUAACUCAUUAUCACUCUCUGGGCAGCCUGUACGAUCAUUUGAAUCGUACCUCGUUGAGUCAUCACCAACUUAUGAAGAUAUGUUUGUCGAUUGCGAACGGUCUGGUUCAUCUACAUACCGAAAUAUUCGGUACCCAGGGCAAACCUGCCAUCGCCCAUAGGGAUAUAAAAAGUAAAAAUAUCCUCGUCAAAGCGAAUGGCACGUGUUGCAUAGCGGAUUUCGGUCUAGCUGUCAUGCAUUCCCAGACCAAUGACAAGCUAGACAUAGGUGACAAUCCGAAAGUGGGCACCAAAAGGUACAUGGCACCCGAAGUACUUGAUGAAACGAUUCAAAUGGACUAUUUCGACUCGUUUCGUCGUGCCGAUAUUUACGCCUUCGGUUUGGUGAUAUGGGAGGUGUGUCGUAGGACGGUGAGCAACGGCAUUGCGGAAGAAUAUAAGCCGCCCUUCUCAGAUGUGGUACCGAGCGAUCCAAGCUUCGAGGAGAUGAAAAAAGUUGUUUGUACCGAUCAGCAACGACCGUGCGUGCCUAAUAGGUGGUCUAGUGACGUGAUCUUGAACGGCAUGGUGAAAGUGAUGAGAGAAUGCUGGCACCAGAAUCCAAACGUGAGACUUCCAGCUCUACGCAUCAAAAAGACGUUGUUGAAAUUAGGCAGCGGCGAGAACCUGAUCAAUUUAGACGACGUGGAGAUAUGUGUUUGAUGCUGUCGACUAACUCGAUCUCGAGUUUUAAGAGACAAUAAUAAUAGACGGAUAGAAGAUUUCCGAGCGAAA